AUGACAACGAGCAACCCAGAACUGCAGGAGAAACUGCAGGAGCUCGAACAUGAACUGGAGGAAGGAGACAUCACAGAGAAAGGUUACCAAAAACGACGGACCAUCCUCCUAUCGCAGUUCCUUGGCCCAUCAGCAGCCACCGCAGAAUUGAAAGGCUUGCGCAUACAUUCUCCUGAUAAUACUGCACAUCCCCUGAAUGAUGGCUCUCGCAGCGCCUCACUGGCUGCCCUCAACUCGAAUUCGAGGGGCUUAAGCGAACAGUACGACCAGAGAUUAGACGCACCCUCCCAGCCGACAAACAGAUUAAGCUCGGGUCGAUUAGAUACAAUGGCGAGCGACUUUGGUAGUUUUGGAAAUAAUCGGGCCCAAGAAGGUGGAUUUGCCCAAGGUGGAAGGCCCAAAGAAUUACGGCUUGGAAUUCACAAUGCAAACCCCGUUCAGAGACAGUCAUCCUAUGGCCGCGACUCUCUAUUCUUACCUACACCUGGAGAUAGGUCUGCCGAACCUAGCAUGACAAUGGGCUCGAUGGCAUCAGGAACGACCAACUAUGCCUUCAAUCCGGCGCAUCAAAUUGGGUACACAGAACAAACAGGGGAUCCCUAUGAAAGCCAGGCUGGAACAAUGAUGGAUUCGCACGGAACAAUGCUAGGAGAGUCACAGCAAGGCUAUUUCUCUGAUUUUGCUGGCCAACAAGCAUAUGACAAUGGCGCACGGGACUCAUAUGGCGGGGGACCACACAGGUACUCGUCUAGCGAUGCUUUUUCUCCCACAGCGGCUACGGCACCACCGAUGUUGACAACGAGCGAUCUCCCCCCUCCCGCGGCUUUGGAAUAUCAGAUGCCGUUAGAACCUCGAGAUGUCCCAUUCGCCGUCUACGAUCCACAUGAUGCAAAUAUACCUAUGUCUAAAUUCGACAAUAUUGCCGCAGUUCUAAGACAUCGAAGUAAAGCUACCCCGAAAGCGUCAGCCUACUGGAUACUGGAUGGCAAGGGAAAAGAAAUUGCCUCAAUUACUUGGGACAAACUGACGAGUAGAGCCGAAAAGGUUGCUCAGGUGAUUCGAGACAAAAGUUCUUUAUAUCGCGGCGACAGAGUUGCGUUGAUAUACCGGGAUACCGAGAUCAUUGACUUUGCGAUUGCGAUGCUCGGUUGCUUCAUUGCAGGGGUAGUUGCUGUCCCUAUAAAUGAUCUCGAAGACUACGCGAAGCUCAAUGUAAUACUUACCUCAACACAAGCGCACCUUGCCCUGACUACCGAUAAUAACCUCAAAGCGUUCCAAAGGGACAUCACCACACAAAAGCUCAAUUGGCCGCGUGGGGUAGAAUGGUGGAAAACGAAUGAAUUCGGAAGUUUUCAUCCCAAGAAGAAGGAUGAAGCACCACCUCUGACUGUUCCGGAUCUUGCAUAUAUUGAGUUUUCGCGCGCUCCAACUGGGGAUCUGCGCGGUGUUGUUAUGAGCCAUCGGACCAUCAUGCAUCAAAUGGCGUGCCUAAGCGCCAUCAUUUCAACCGUGCCAUCUAAUACCGGAGGCGACACAUUCAACUCACGCUUAAGGGAUAAGAAUGGUAGGCUCAUGGCUGGUGGGAAUAGCCGUGGCGAAACUCUACUGUCAUAUCUCGAUCCACGGCAAGGCAUUGGUAUGAUUCUGGGUGUCUUAUUAACAGUCUAUGGCGGUCAUACCACUGUCUGGAUGGAGAAUAAAGCCGUCGAGACACCCGGUCUCUACGCUUACCUCAUUACCAAGCAUAACGCGACUUUGAUGCUAGCAGAUUAUCCCGGUCUGAAGAGAGCUGCGUACAAUUACCAGCAAGAUCCCAUGACAACACGAAACUUCAAGAAAGGAAUUGAACCAAACUUCCAAAAGGUCAAGUUAUGUUUGAUAGACACCCUCACCGUCGAUAGCGAAUUUCAUGAGGUACUUGCCGAUAGAUGGCUUCGACCAAUGCGAAAUCCAAGAGCGCGGGAAUUGGUAGCACCCAUGCUUUGUCUUCCGGAGCAUGGUGGCAUGGUUAUCAGUAUGCGCGAUUGGCUGGGAGGAGAAGAGAGGAUGGGUUGCCCUCUCAAGCUUGAUAUAAACGGUGACGCCGAUUCAAUAGAGGAGAAGAAACAAGAGAAAGACGAAUCUCCUGGCGAAGCUUUCGGUAGUCUGAUCGGAGGCGGUACUACGGCUCCGACUGAGCAGCAAGUGAGAACGGAAUUAAGCGAAGUCUUACUAGAUCGUGAGGCAUUGAAGACGAACGAGGUGGUUGUUGUUGCUAUCGGUGACGAAGCACGUAAGAAAGCCAGUAGCGAACCCGGGACAGUGCGGGUUGGGGCCUUCGGCUUUCCAAUUCCUGACGCCACCCUAGCUGUCGUCGACCCCGAAACUGGUCUGUUGGCAUCACCGCAUUCUGUGGGGGAGAUCUGGGUUGACUCCCCGUCUCUCUCUGGGGGGUUUUGGGCAUUGCCAAAACACACAGAACAGAUCUUUCAUGCGAGGCCGUACAAAUUUGAGCAAGGAGACCCUACCCCUAUGAUGGUUGAGCCAGAAUUCCUACGAACAGGCUUAUUAGGGACGGUGAUCGAAGGCAAAAUCUUUGUCCUAGGCUUAUACGAGGAUCGGUUGAGGCAGAAAGUUGAGUGGGUUGAACAUGGUCAUGAAGUCGCAGAGCACCGGUACUUCUUUGUGCAGCACAUCAUUGUGAGCAUCAUGAAGAACGUGCCAAAAAUCUAUGACUGCUCCGCUUUCGACGUUUUCGUCAAUGACGAACAUCUACCAAUAGUGCUUCUAGAGUCACAGUCUGCUUCAACGGCCCCGGCGACUUCGGGAGGGCCUCCUCGCCAGCUAGACACCGCAUUGCUCGACUCCUUAUCAGAACGCUGUAUGGAAGUUUUGAUGCAAGAGCAUCAUCUGAGAGUCUAUUGCGUGAUGAUCACGGCUCCGAAUACACUCCCGAAAGUCUUAAAGAAUGGGCGCCGGGAGAUUGGGAAUAUGUUAUGCCGACGGGAGUUUGACCUUGGGAAUUUACCUUGCGUUCACGUCAAAUUUGGCGUCGAACGGGCAGUUUUGAACCUUCCUAUUGGUGUGGAUCCCAUUGGUGGUAUUUGGUCACCACUUGCGUCUCAAACACGAGAGGAUCUUCUAUCUCCUGGUGACAAGCAGUACUCAGGUAUCGAUCGCCGCGAAGUUGUGAUCGACGAUCGCACGUCAACUCCACUGAACAACUUUACGAGUAUUGUCGACUUGUUGCAAUGGAGAGUUGCCCGACAAGCUGAUGAGCUUUCCUAUUGCACUAUCGACGGCAAAGGCAGAGAAGGCAAAGGAAUCACCUGGAAGAAGUUUGAUACCAAGGUUGCUGCCGUGGCUAUGUAUCUGAGAAACAAAGUUAAGAUCCGUGCCGGAGAUCACUUGAUACUCAUGUACACACAUUCCGAGGACUUUGUCUACGCCACGCAUGCUUGCUUCUGCUUAGGAGCUACGGCAAUCCCAAUGGCCCCGCUAGACCAGAAUCGCUUAAACGAAGACGCACCAGCAUUUCUACAUAUGGUUGGAGACUAUAGAGUCAAAGCUGUGCUGGUAAACCAAGAAGUUGACCACCUCCUCAAGCAAAAGAUUGUGUCGCAACAUGUAAAGCAGUCGGCUCAAGUGCUGAAAGUUGCAGUGCCAAGCGUAUAUAAUACCACGAAGCCUCCGAAGCAAAACAAUGGAUGUCGGGACCUUGGCUUGACUAUGCAGCCAUCUUGGGUUGCACCUGGCUAUCCAGUCAUUGUAUGGACAUACUGGACUCCAGACCAGCGGCGAAUAGCCGUUCAACUCGGUCACGAUACGAUCAUGGGCAUGUGCAAAGUGCAGAAAGAGACUUGCCAGAUGACAAGUUCGAGACCAGUUUUGGGCUGCGUCCGAAGUACGAGUGGCUUGGGCUUCAUUCAUACAUGUCUCAUGGGCGUGUUUGUUGGUGCGCCUACAUAUCUCGUAUCACCAGUGGAGUUCGCUCAGAAUCCAAUAUCCCUGUUCUUGACUUUAUCGAGAUAUAAGAUCAAGGACACAUAUGCAACGCCUCAAAUGCUGGAUUAUGCGAUGGCAAUAAUGCCAGGAAAGGGCUUCACGUUGCACGAGCUGAAGAACAUGAUGAUAUCUGCGGAGGGCCGACCUCGUGUGGAUGUAUUCCAGAAGGUCCGUAUGCACUUUGCAUCGACAGGCCUUGAUCCCACAGCUAUCAACACCAUCUAUUCCCACGUUCUCAACCCUAUGAUUGCAUCCCGGUCGUACAUGUGCAUCGAACCAAUUGAGCUUUGGCUCGAUAGGCAAGCAUUAAGACGAGGACUGAUCUACUCUUCUGAUCCAGACUCAGAUCCCAAAUCUCUACUAGUUCAAGACUCGGGUAUGGUACCCGUCUCUACUCAGAUUGCAAUUGUAAACCCAGAAAGUCGUGGUCUAUGUCACGACGGCGAGUAUGGUGAAAUCUGGGUGGAUUCUGAAGCUUGCGUCAAAGCCUUUUACGGUUCAAAAGAUUUGUUCGAUUCCGAAAGAUUUGAUGGCAGAACGAUCGAUGGUGACCCAAAUGUUCAGUAUGUGCGUACUGGAGACCUUGGUUUCCUGUAUAAUGUUAGCAGGCCCAUUGGCCCCAAUGGCGCUCAGGUUGAUAUGCAAGUCUUGUUCGUGUUAGGGAACAUUGGCGAGACGUUCGAGAUCAAUGGGUUGAGCCAUUUCCCCAUGGAUAUUGAGGAUUCUAUUGAAAAAUGCCACCGAAACAUUGUCCCUGGAGGAUCUGCUGUGUUCCAAGCAGGUGGGCUUAUUGUUGUCCUGGUCGAGGUUGGGAGGAAAGCCUACUUAGCCUCCAUCGUCCCUGUUAUUGUGAAUGCGAUUCUUAAUGAGCAUCAAAUCGUAGUCGACAUUGUUGCAUUUGUCAAUAAGGGCGAUUUCCCGCGAUCGAGGCUUGGCGAAAAGCAGCGAGGAAAGAUCCUGGCCAGCUGGGUUACUCGUAAGAUGCGCACCAUGGCACAGUUUGGAAUCAGAGAUGCCGAUGCUGCCCUUUCAGACGUCACGGAAACAAUGGAACCUCGCAGUGGCGUUGCAAGUCUUCGAAACGGAACGGCGAUUGCAAGCAGCUUACGGAACGUCGAGCCAGCUCCCCAAAUAUUGGAAGAACGCGAAUAUGAGCGUGAGCGAGUACAGUCUCAAAAUAGUUUUGCUCCGCUACCCACAGGCAUCAGCGAAAUGCCAGCCCAUAAUUACGACGACUCGAUCACGGGGUCGCCAAGAGAAGAAAACCACGCAUCAAUGAAAAGCGACGAUACGCCAACAGACAAUCGGAAGCGCUUUGAGCUUCCGAGUGAUAACUACAAUUCAGAGACGAGCAAAUUCCCUGGUCUAGGCGAAGAUUUUACCAUUCCUGGCUUCGAAAAGAUGGAUACUGGGCCACCUCGAGUUGGGCCCAAACCAGGGGAAACCUCUGAAUCGGAUAUACCGCCAGUCGAAGGGAGGGCAGGUGACUUAUGGAGCUUGCCUAGUCAGCAUCCAACGGGGGGCUUACGAGUUCUCAAUGCGGACGAGGAAAAUGAUGAUUGGAAGCAAGAUGCAAUAAUGCAUAUGAACCUGGCUGGUCGAUAA